AUGGUUCGUGGGGGCAUUGUUUUGUCGCUGCUCGCCAGCGCGGCGAGCAUCUUCUCGGCCGAAGCGAAGGUCGAGGGCAAGACAAGACACCUUGCUGGAUCAUACAUUGUGGAGUUUGAAGAUGCCCAGGACUCGGCAGAAUUCUUCAAUCAGAUUGGCUCCAAAGCGGAGAUGCGCAUGAACUUGGAUUAUAAACUGUUCAGGGGAGCGUCAAUUCAAUUCCAUGAUCUCGAGACAGCCGAGCAAGAAGUAGCCAAGAUCAGCUCUCUGCCCAGCAUCAAGCAGGUGUGGCCAAAUAGGAUAUACUCCUUGCCGAAAGAUGAAGUCGUCUGGACCGGACGGAGUGGCGGCGAAGAUUAUAUCAAGAACGUCAAGAGACAGUUAGGAAAUGACACUUUCGCACCGCACGUAAUGACUCAAGUGGAUCAGCUUCAUGAAAAGGGAAUCACCGGGAAGGGAGUCAAGAUCGGCAUUAUCGACUCAGGGGUUGACUACACACACCCCGCAUUAGGCGGUUGCUUCGGACAGCCGGAUUGUUUGUUUACGUACGGUACUGACAUUGUUGGCGACGACUAUAAUGGCGAUAACCUGCCGGUUCCGGAUGACGACCCAUACGAUGGCUGCGGGGGUCACGGUACCCACGUCUCGGGAAUUAUCGCGGCACAAGCAAACGAACUAGGCUUCACAGGUGCUGCCCCUGGAGUCACUCUGGGCAUGUUCAGAGUGUUUGGCUGUGAAGGUGGUGCCGCAAACGAUGUCUUGAUUGACGCCUACAUGAAAGCGUUCGAGGCCGGAUCUAAUAUUAUCACGGCAUCGAUCGGUGGCUCUUCCGGAUGGAGUGAGGAUCCUUGGUCCGUCGCCGUAUCUCGCAUUGUAGAAGCCGGUGUUCCUUGUACUGUAUCGGCGGGGAACGACGGCGCAGUUGGGUUGUUCUACGCCAGCACGGCCUCCAAUGGUAAGAAGGUCACGUCUAUCGCUUCCAUCGAUAGCACCGUUACGCCUUUGCUUCUCACCGAAUCGAACUUCGCCGUCGAUGACGGUGAACAACAGACUUUCGGAUAUGCCUUAGGCGAGCCAGGAGAAUGGGCUAACGUCACUCUUCCACUCUGGGCCCCCUCGUUCGAUAUCACAGAGGCGGCUCAGGGCUGUACCGCGUACCCCGACGACACCCCCGACCUCUCUGGAUACAUUGUGUUGAUCCGUCGGGGUACCUGUACUUUUGUACAGAAAGCAACCAAUGCUGCCCAGUUUGGGGCCAAAUAUGUUCUCUUCUAUAAUAACGUCAUGGUUGGUGUAACUGCACCUGCUGUUGACGGGGUCCCAAAUAUUCUGGGGACCGGCAUGGUAAUUGCAUCGCAAGGUGAAUCGUGGGUCAAGUCGUUAGAGGCCGGAUCUAACAUCAGCUUGAACAUGCUUGACCCUUUAACUGCACCUGUUAGCUUGACUUACCAGGACAAUACCCUAACCGGAGGGUUUGCUAGCUCUUUUACGACCUGGAACCCAACUUUUGAGAUGGAUAUUAAGCCCCAGCUCGCCUCGCCGGGUGGUAAUAUUCUAUCGACUUUCCCGAUUCCUCUCGGUACUUAUGCUGUCUUAUCUGGAACUUCCAUGGCGUGCCCGUUGGUGGCAGCGAUAUAUGCUCUUAUCUCCAACGUACGUGGCACUUUAGACCCAGCCACCAUCGAAAAUCUACUUUCUGCGACCGCAAACCCGCAAUUAUUAAAUGACGGAAAUCAAACCUUUCCAACGUUGGCGCCUAUCUCUCAACUCGGGGCCGGACUAGUUCAAGCGCAUGAUGCUGCUUUCGCCACCACGUUGCUGAGCAAGUCGAGUCUUGCUUUUAACGACACGGACAACUUUGUCGACACACUCGAAUUCAAAAUAAAAAAUACCGGCUUAGAAGAGGUCAUUUACGAGCUCGGAAGCGUGGGCGCCGCCACCGGCUACACCUUCUCCGAUUCCAUCUACCCCGACCCAUUUCCCGGCCUAGAGCUAACGGACCAAUAUGCCACCAUCGCACUGAGCGAGUCUAAAGUCGUCGUUCCACCCGGCGGUGAAGCGGUCAUUUCUGUGACUGUUACCCCACCAGACGUCGACCCUGCCCGCUUGCCGGUUUAUUCUGGAUACAUUACUUUGAAUGGCACCAACGGCGACAGCCUUUCUUUGCCAUACAACGGCGCGGUCGGGAGCUUGCACAAUACACGAGUGCUUGACGUUGGCUACCUCUCGAUUUCAUCCGACGAGGAGUUGAAUCCCAUCGCAAGCAAUGUAUCAUUCGUACUACCCAGUACCAACGGCACCAGCAAUGCCACGUACCCGGUAAUCGUAGUUCUCUUAGCAUUUGGCUCGCCGCAGGUCAAUAUUCGCGUGGUGCCACUCAAUGGUACAUCAGGUGAUGCAGGUGCGGGUAGCCACAUCUUUGGAUCCCCAUUCUACUACGCAUCCCGUGAUCCAGUCGCAUUGACAUGGGAUGGUAGACUCGCAGAUGGUACUCUAGCACGGGAGGGUGCAUACAAGCUAAGCAUCGAUGCAUUGCAUAUCUUUGGUGAUGCUUCCAACGCAGCUGAGUAUGAUACUGAUGAGUCGGUGUCGUUUUCGAUCAGCUACUCCUAGGUUGCUAAGCAAGCCUGAUUUGUGUAUAGAAAAAGAUCCAUGAAUGUAAGCGCUGAAGUCGAGGUACCCAAACAUAUCAAAUUAUACUAUAAUUAUAGCCAAAUAGAAUACGACUGUUUUUCUACAAGCUCUAACUUGGGUUUUUAUGCUUGCAAUGACAAAAGAAAAAGAGCACACUGAAGCUCACAUGCAAGUCCAAGAUGUUGAAGUGAAAGAUGUCAAAGUAGAGAUUUCAAAGUUUCACUGCAAUUGAUGAUAUAUGUGAUUCGGUUUAAUGCAAAUCACUUCUCAAUGGAUUUUAACCACG